GUGGGCGUAUCGGCAAAGCUCAACAUCGCCCAAGACAAGCACAGAGACUAGGAAGACUCCAUCAUGUCCGCCAGAGAUGCAACCAGGAGUAUCCUGAGCCUGCUGGACUCGCUGCAGAAGCUCUCGCCGCGUCUCGAGGGACGGAAAGACGACUUUCAGUUCUUGCAGGCUCUAGUAGAAAGCAACGAGUUCCAUUCACUUAUCAAGGUCCAUCAUGAAGUGAGUGCAGCAACGACUUCAUCAAGUGAGGCAAAGUGCACCAAUGCCCUCACAGUCUGCCACUCACUGGCCUAUGAUCUGGAGACCAGCAGACACCCAGAGACUCAGCAGCUAUUUGACCUACUCACCUCUCCACACAUGGAUGCACUGGUGUCAGUUCACGACAGAGUGGCAAACAAGGAGUAUCCAGCAGUGUAUUCUACAGCUGCCCAGGGUUCGCCGCCCAGCUUGGACGAGGAAUCAGUCACCAGAGUCAGAAUUGACAAGCAAAAUGAUCCACUGGGGGCCACAGUGAAAACUGGUAAAAACGGUCGAGUCCUGAUAUCGCGAGUGCUCCACGGAGGUGCAGCAGAUAAGAGUGGUCUACUCCAUGCCGGAGACAUCAUACAUGAGAUCAAUGGGACUGGAGUCAGGGGUUUCUCGGUGGACCAGGUGGCAGAGCUGAUGGUCGACCUGCGGGGGACUGUCGUGUUCAAGAUCACUCCUGCCAUCUCUGACCUCAGACCAAAGAGAAGGACACAGGCACCCACAUACAUGAGGACCUACUUCAGCUACGACCCACAGCAGGACAAUCAAACACCAUGCCCCGAAGCUGGUCUCAAAUUUGACUACGGAGAGAUCCUGCACAUUGUGAAUCAGGACGACCCGAAUUGGUGGCAGGCCGUCCAGUACAGCAACAAAAACAAUACCCAAGCCGGAAUCAUCCCCAGCAAAUUCAUGAAGGAAAAGUUGUUGUGUCUGGAGGAAAUGAACCAACAGACACCACCAAAGAAGAAAGGAAGGAACAAAAAGUCCAUGUAUUCACCUUCUGACACCGGGGGAGCAGGCGAGAGAAUGGUGACCUACGAACGGGUGGUGAAGAUUGAGCCACAGCUGGGAAAACCACGCCCCAUCAUGCUUGUCGCCCCACGAGGAGGCCCCUUUGAUAUGGAGACCUUACGAGCACGCAUAGUCCAGAGCAACCCACAGAGAUUCGGGUCUCCCGUAAAACACACGUCUCGCCCACCUAAGCCGAGAGAAGAAGAGAGAGGACAGUAUGAGUUUGUCUCCCGUCAACGGAUGGAGCGAGACAUUCGCAACAACCAUUACGUGGAGCACGGCUACUUCAGCGGCCACUACUAUGGCACCAGCAUCAGGUCCAUUCGCAGUAUCAUUGACUCUGGGAGAACAUGCAUCCUCGUCCUUAUUCCCUCGGCCAUCAAGCUUGUGAGGACAGGGGAGCUGAAGCCGUUUGUUGCCUACUGCAGAGCCCCCACCAUUGAGGAGAUGAAGGAGAACUGGGUGCCGUCCGGACAUAUCAAAGAAUCUCACAUACACGAUGUGGUUCGUCAGGCGAGGCACCUGGAGGACACCUACGGGCGAUACUUUGACCACAACAUUCACUUCCACGACGUGGAGAGUGCCAGAGACGAAGUGAUAGCCCUGGUGGACAGAUUGGCACAGGAACAGCAGUGGGUGCCUGCUUCAUGGCAGGAGAACACUGCACCUUGACAAGAGCACAUGUUUAUACUGAUACCCAUUAUGGCAGCUAUAUAGCUAGCUAUAGCUACCGCCGGCAUAGUGAAGCAAACACACAGACCAACAGCGCAUAAUCCACUCAUUUUUUCUUCCCCACAAAGUUUACAAAAUGUAUGAACUGACGAUGAAAACUAAACACAGAGAUAACAGGGUAAUUGUGUAAUGUGUACACGGAUAAUUGGAAAAAUGGUUAUUUUAUCCUAAAGAAAUAAUUCAGAAAUUCCACUGGUAUUGUACACUUUUGCAUGCCAAAUAGAACAACAACACAAACACGCAGAGUGAGCAGAACCAAGGGUUAUCGCUUCCCCUCUAUCAUGAUGAUGUGGUAGCCAAAUUUGGUUCUGAUUGGAGGGUCCGUGUAGCUAGGGGAGUCGACUGUGCUGGGCUGCAGCUGAAAGGCAGCAUCCUGGAAUGGUCCUACCAUGGAACCCCGUGUCAUCCAGCCCAGGUCACCCCCCUGCCUGGCUUUGUCCUCGCUGUAGGCAGUCGCAACUUCACUGAAUCUCUGACCUUCCUUCAGCUUCUGCAUGGCCUCCAUGACUUUCGAGUGCUUUUCACACAGAAUAUGCCUCACCUUCACGGCUGUGCCCCCUUUCUUGGUCUUACCGCCACCACUGGAGUCAUCGCCAACCUCUAACCUUUGCUCUUUGAUUUGCUCCCACCCCCACUUUUACUGCCUCCCGCCGCAGCCGCCUUCCCUCCUCCCUUGCCACCACCGCCCGCCUUUCCUCCUUUGGGCAUUUAUGGCAGCCAGACUCCCUCGCACUCGACUACCCCACACCUGCCAACGUCCGCCACUGCUCCAA